AUGGUCCCCGGCGAAGACCUGGAAGCAAGGUUUAAAGGGGAUAUUCGACGGUGGACUUUGGCGGGGCUGAAGCAGUUCGACAUGUACAGACUUAUUUCCGAGCUUGUGAAGCCCCUGCAGCUUGGAGAGCCCGGUCGGCAGAAGGUGCAGCGCGAAUGCUGGUCUACACCGACCGACGCCCUAGACUUGGUGUCUGAGUUGAAAGACAUGGCCGGCUGCUACGUGAAGUAUGACACGGAUGGGCUGCAUCGACUGAAACACGUGUUUUGGUCCACCGGCCAGCAACAGGUCUUCGCCCGCCAGUGGGGCGGGAUCGUUCUUCAAGACAACACUGCUCUGACCAACAGAGUACUUGUCCUUAUUCGCCUUAUUUUUGCCACUGGUAAGAUGAGUGAUGAACACCCUGUUCGAUUGCGCUUUAUACAACCCCGUGCUUUUGCAUCGCGUUCGUGCAGAUAUGGCAUGCAUUUCAUGCUGUUCAUCGGAGUCGACUCGGAGAACAAAACGGUCGUCUUUGCGCAGGGGUUCUUUUCCGACCAGUCGUCCGACACCUAUCAGUGGGCUUUGAAGCACUACUGCACAAUCUGCGGGGGGCAACCAGAGGUGAUCAUUACGGACGCGGACGCUGGCAUGACGCACGCUGUAGAAACCUUUCUGCCUAGCACCACUGUGCACUUGUAUUGUCUGUGGCACGUGAUGAAAAACGUGAGGAAGAACUGCGCAAGGGCUUUGGGCAAGAAGGCAAGCCGCUUCUACAGGCUAUUGCACGCUGCGGCCUUCGCUGCUACGGAAGAGGCAUGCUCGGACGCUUGGUCUGAGAUUUUUCGUCACGUGAAGGGCUCCGACUGCGAAGAAUACGUCACUGGGCACCUCUUGCGGCACCACCGGCACUGGUCACGCUGCUUUUUCCCGACGACUAUGACUCUCAACAUGACAGCGACACAGAGGGUGGAGGGGAUGUUCAGCGUGUUGAAGAAAGGGCGGAUUGUGAACCGCCGUUGUUCUCUGGUUAGGGUGAAAGCGGAGCUGGAGAAACGGAUCGCAGGUUUCACUUUGGCGUCAAACCUACUGAGCACCAAGGCCCCCAGCCUUGGCAGGCAGCACAUCGACGACCACGUGCUCAAGACAGCCGAACAUGUCUUCAGACAACUGACCGAUGUUGGAGCCAGCACGUACGCCGUUAAUGAGAUGGUGGCAGAGAUGCGUGCGAGUGCAGCGUAUGACACGGCGGUUCUGACUGACAAGCAGGCGGAUGACGCGGCGUGCCACGACUGUCUUGACGGCUUGGCCGAGCGGGGGGGGAGGACGGAGGGUUAUUGUGCAGACGUGCCAGCGGAAGCGUUUGAGGGUAGCCACGAUCCGGACAUCACCAUGUACGGAACGACGUCCUUGCCGUCAUUCGCUGAGCUUGUUCGUAAUGUGGGCAUUGAAGCGGUCGUGCAAGUACAAUACAAGUAUCCUAGAACUGCUCGUAGGGGAAAGGUGAGCCACAUUGUCGUGGUUGGGCCUAAGGGAUUCCAGCUGUGCACGUGCUUAAAGCUUAUGAGGUGUGGGUUGCCCUGCAGUCAUGUGUUCGCCGCACUGGUGACAAGGCUCGACCGGGCGAGCGAUUUCAUUGGCGCGUCGAUCCACCCUCGUUGGCGAAAGUCUGUUGUGGAAUGGAGUCUACGGAAUGUCGCACUAGGAACCUUCGAUGGCCACGAGACCUUCACGGGUGGUUUCACGGAAGAUUUUGGUGGGGGUGAUUUUGAUGGGGAUAGCCAGGACACCCUCAACACAAGUGUAGCAUACACACGCAAGAAGGCUUACGUUGACUAUAUCGCGAUGGCCCAGCAGUGGGCGAAUCAAGCGGCAGCGACCUUAGAUGGGACCCCUGCCGCGUACCAAGCAUAUUGCGCAAUGGUAGAAAGGCAGCGACAUGAAGUUCAAGCGCUUCUGCGGGGCCCAGGGCCUAGUGACGGGUUGGCUGGUCUAGGUAACCCACCCAUUGCCCUCCCCAAUGAUAGGAAGGAAACUAGGCACAAGGAUGCUGCUGGCACGGAAGGAGGGCGCCCUAAGAAGAAGUCAAAGGUCGAAAAAGUUGUAGCCUUAAUACAGAGUGGUAAGAUGUAGCCGUGCGUGCGCGUGAUGCCAACUUUUGUCCGACGUGGAACACUGGCGGCGUUGUGUUUCUGAGGAAGAUGUUGGUGCACUGCUGUGCUCCAGCUGGCCAUGGUCUUUCUAGCGUAGCAGUUGCUGUUGAAUAGUCUCUCUCAUUUGCAGUUUGGUUUCUUUGGUGGACUGCCAAUAUAUAUCUUGGCAGGGUGUUGAGAAGAUAGAGAACCUGGUGAUGGAUGAUUUCGUGAUACGGUUGUUUUGGUAUGAAUGACAGUGCCCUCUUUUCUUUUUUGUCUUUGUUAAAAUGCAAAUGAACCUAGGUUGCGUGACUCGGGUUCAAAAGUAUCGUGAAGACCCCUUGCGAAGA